AUGGCAGAUCCGAAGCCGAAGAACCCCGACGAGGCGAAGGAGAUGGAGGAGGACGACAGUCUCCUCAAACUGUCCCUCGGCUCCAUCGUCAACAACCCAGCCGCGGCGAGGGCGUGCUCCACGGCGCUGGCUGACGACUGCUCGCCGGUGACGCUGGCAAUGCCGAUUCCGCUGCGCCCCGUCGUUGUGUUGAGCGCGGCGUUCGUCGAUGGCACGGCAGCCCACACGUCGUCUGUGCCAACCGGCGCAUCUGCUCCGGCCGUUGUUGCACCGCACGUUGCUUCCCCGGUGGUUCAAGUCAACUGCAGCGAUGCCUUCCUCGCCCCAGAUGUCCUCAGGCCGACUGAUCAUCAGGUGUCUUCUUUGUUACCACCGCUAUUUCCUAGCGAUGGUAAUGGCGUCGUUCCCGUCCAUGGCGAUGUUAAUGCCGCACCUCCAGCUCAGCGCAAAGGAGUGGUGCCGUCGGCUACUUCUCCUGCCUCAAAGGAGGCAUCUGCACCUCCAAAAAAGCGUCCGCGUGUCACCAACCGCUCCUCGCCAAGCACCGCGUCCGACCACGCCGCCGCCAACAACGGCCUGUCGCCGGCAGAUAACGGCAACGGCCCCCGCGGCAGGGAAGCACCUACCGACGGUAGCCUUAUCGAGAGCCCGCCAUUCCCAUGGGCGACAGAUCGCAUUGUUGUACACCACUCGCUUGCGGAGCUUUUGGAGCGAGGAAUUGACACCAUCGUGGGCGAGGUCCAUUGCAAGCGUUGCGACAUGAACAAGACUAUAGCUUUUGACAUCAAGGCCAAGUUCAAUGAAUUGUACAACUUCAUCGCGCGUAACAUCCAGACCAUGCAUGACCGCGCGCCGUCGGAGUGGCUAUAUCCAACCUUACAAGAUUGUGACGAGUGUGGUCAGGAGAACAGCCUACGCCCGGUGAUCGCAGCAGAGAAAGAAAAGAUCAAUUGGUUGUUUUUGUUGCUCGGACAAACGCUGGGGCUGUGCACCCUAGAGCAGCUAAGACACUUCUGUGAGCACACCAAUCAGCAUCGCAGCGGCGCCAAGGACAGAUUGGUCUACUCCACCUAUAUGGAGCUGUGCAGGCAGCUGUACCCUGAUGGCCCAUUCGACAUGGCAUUGGAGAGAAAGAACAGAAGUCUUCCAUUUGCUUAG